AUGGAAGACUUGAAAUACAAUAGGGUUUGGAUCCCAGAUACUGAAGAAGUUUGGCAGUCUGCAGAAAUCACAAAAAACUACAAAGCUGGAGACCGUUUUCUCCAUGUGCAAUUAGAAGAUGGAACUGAACUGAAAUACCCCGUUGAUCCAGCUGCUUUGCCGCCCCUACGAAAUCCUGAUAUACUUGUUGGUGAAAAUGAUCUCACCGCACUUAGUUAUCUCCAUGAACCAGCUGUCCUACACAAUCUUAAAGUUCGUUUUGUAGAGUCUAAGCUUAUCUACACCUAUAGUGGAAUAAUUUUGGUAGCAAUAAACCCCUAUAAACAGUUGCCAAUAUAUGGAGAUGCUAUUAUCCAUGCGUAUAGUGGGCAAAACAUGGGGGACAUGGAUCCACAUAUAUUUGCUGUGGCAGAAGAAGCAUACAAGCAAAUGGCAAGAAAUAACAAAAAUCAGUCUAUUAUAGUCAGCGGAGAAUCAGGGGCUGGAAAGACUGUGUCUGCAAGAUACACUAUGAGAUACUUUGCCACUGUGAGUAAGUCAAGCAGCAAUGCACACGUGGAGGAUAAAGUACUGGCAUCCAAUCCAAUAACCGAGGCUGUUGGCAAUGCGAAAACCACACGGAAUGAUAAUAGCAGCCGAUUUGGAAAAUACACUGAAAUCAGUUUUGAUCAGAGUUACCAAAUCAUUGGAGCUAACAUGAGAACAUACCUGCUUGAGAAAUCCAGGGUUGUCUUUCAGUCGGAGAAUGAGAGAAACUACCAUAUAUUCUAUCAGUUGUGUGCAUCUGCUAUGCAACCUGAAUUUAAGCAUCUUAAAUUGGGAAGUGCAGAAGAAUUUAACUACACAAGAAUGGGCGGCAGCACAGUAAUAGAAGGAGUUGAUGACAGAGCAAAUAUGGUGGAGACUCAGAAGACGUUUGCCUUACUGGGCCUGAAGGGGGAUUUUCAGAUGGAUGUUUUUAAAAUGCUGGCAGCAAUCCUACACUUAGGCAACGUGGAAAUAAAAGCUGUUGGAGAUGAAAGAUCAUCUAUCAGUCUGGAAGAUAAACAUCUCAAUAUAUUCUGUGAACUUCUGGAUUUAAACUGUGACAAAAUGGCACAAUGGUUGUGCCACCGAAAGAUUAUCACUACCUCAGAGACUGUAAUAAAGCCAAUGACAAGAGCUCAGGCUGUUAAUGCAAGGGAUGCUCUGGCAAAGAAGAUCUAUUCUCAUUUGUUUGACUUUAUUGUGGAAAGAAUUAACCAAGCUUUGCAGUUCCUUGGCAAACAACAUACUUUUAUUGGUGUUUUGGACAUUUAUGGCUUUGAAACAUUUGAUGUGAACAGUUUUGAACAAUUUUGCAUCAAUUAUGCUAAUGAAAAACUGCAGCAGCAAUUUAACCUGCAUGUCUUUAAACUUGAACAAGAAGAAUAUAUGAAGGAAGAUAUCCCAUGGACUUUAAUAGACUUCUAUGACAACCAGACUGUCAUUGACCUUAUUGAAGCUAAAAUGGGAAUUUUAGACCUUCUGGAUGAAGAGUGCUUGUUACCUCAUGGAACAGAUGAAAACUGGCUUCAAAAGCUGUAUAAUAAUUUUGUCAAUAAAAAUGCACUCUUUGAAAAGCCAAGGAUGUCAAACAGGUCUUUCAUCAUUCAACAUUUUGCUGAUAAGGUAGAAUAUAAAUGCGAAGGAUUUCUGGAAAAAAACAGAGAUACAGUACAUGAAGUAUUGACUGAAAUCUUGAAAGAGAGCAAGUUUCAUCUGUGUGCAAAUUUUUUUCAAGACAAUCCAGUGUCCGUUUCACCUUUCAGUUCAACUAUAAACAUCAAAUCUGCAAGACCUGUUCUCAAGUCACCUAACAAACAACUCCGGAUGACUGUUGGCAGUAAGUUCCGGAGUUCUUUGUCUUUACUUAUGGUGACACUGAAUGCAACCACCCCUCAUUAUGUACGAUGCAUAAAGCCAAAUGAUGAGAAGUUGCCUUUUGAGUUUGACUCAAAAAGAGUGACUCAGCAACUGCGAGCAUGUGGUGUUUUGGAAACUAUUCGGAUUAGUGCACAGAGCUACCCAUCCAGGUGGACUUACCUUGAGUUUUUCAGCCGUUACAGCAUUCUUAUGACACAGCAGGAACUCUCCAUAAAUGAUAAGAAGCAGAUUUGCAAGACUGUUUUGCAGCGGCUAAUCCAGGAUCAUAACCAGUAUCAGUUUGGGAGAACAAAAAUUUUCUUCAGAGCAGGACAGGUUGCUUACUUAGAAAAACUCCGAUCAGAUAAACUGAGACACGCAUGCAUUGUGAUCCAAAAGCGUGUUCGAGGCUGGCUGCAGCAGAAGAAAUUCCUUCGCUUAAAACAAGCAGCUAUUACAAUACAGCAGUAUUUCCGGGGGCAACGGACUGUACGGCAAGCUAUAACUGCAAGAACUCUGAAGCAAACAUGGGCAGCUAUAAUUAUUCAGAAAUACUGUCGGGGUUACCUGGUCCGUAGACUUUGCCAGCUCAUCCAUGUGGCUGCUGUCACAAUUCAAGCUUAUACAAGAGGAUUUCUAGCAAGAAAAAAAUAUCGGAAGAUGCUUGAAGAACACAAGGCUGUGAUCCUUCAGAAAUACGCUCGUGCAUGGCUUGCCAGGCGCAGAUUUCAGAAUAUUCGGCGGUUUGUAUUGAAUAUCCAGCUUUCAUACAGAGUUCAGCGACUGCAGAAAAAGCUAGAAGAACAGAGUAGAGAAAAUCAUGGUUUGCUGGAACGAUUGACCAGUCUGGUUUCAACUCAUCUGAAUGACGUGGAUACAAUUCAGAAACUCGAAUUAGAUCUUGAAAAGUUAACUGCUCAAAAGAGAACAUAUGAAGAGAAAGGGAAAAAAUACAAAGAAGACAGUGAACAGAAAAUCUUAAAACUUGAGGAUCAGAAUAAAGAAUUACAAGAACAGAAAGAGAUCUUAGAAAUAAAACUCCAAGAAAAAACUGAGGAAAUGAAAGAGAAAAUGGAUGACCUAACGAAGCAACUCUUCAAUGAUGUACAAAAAGAAGAAAAUCAGAGAAUGAUACUUGAGAAAAAUUUCCAAAAUCAGAAGCAGGACUAUGAAAAGGAAAUUGAAUUGCUCAAGAGAGAAAUUAAAAUUCUGAAAGAAGAGAAAACUCAGCUACAGCAUCAAAUUCAGCAAGCAAUUGUCAUUCAGGAUGGCUUGAAAAUGGAAGUAGGGCAACUUACAAAACAAGCACAGAAAAUACCUGAGUUGCAAAAGGAAAUUGAACUGCUACAGACACAAAAAUUGGAUGUUGAAAAGCAGGCCCAGUCUCAGAAGCGAGAAUUGAGGGAAAAGAUGUCAGAAGUUACAAAACAACUUCUUGAAAGUUAUGAUUUUGAAGAUGUAGGAAGCAGACUCUCUACGGAGGAUUUGGAACACUUAAAUGAGGAUGGAGAACUGUGGUUUGCUUACGAGGGCUUGAAAAAAGCUACAAGAGUAUUGGAAAGUCAUUUCCAGUCUCAGAAAGAAAUAUAUGAAAAGGAGAUUGAAGGUUUGAACUUUAAAGUUGAGCAUCUUAGCCAAGAUAUUAAUCAUCUACAAAAAUUAUUCCGAGAGGAAAAUGACAUAAAUGAUGGUAUUCGACUUGAAGUUAGCAGGCUAACGUCAGAAAACCUGGUGAUCCCAGAUCUUAAACAGCAAGUUUCUGAACUUGAAAAUCAAAAAUCAGAUCUUGAAAACCGUCUUCAAGAACAGACUGUAAAGUUGAAAGAGAUGUCUAAUCGGCUGCAUUAUGAGCUAGAAGGGGAUAGAACACAAAGACGAACAAAUGAGGCACAGAAUGAAAUAGACAUAAAAGAAAAAGAGAGACUGAAAGUCACAACCCAAGAAAUUGAGGGGCUGAGCAAUGGUUUGGUGCAAGAUGAAAUCCAGGAUGAAGUAAAAAGCAAGAUAAAGCAAGAAACAACUCGGCUUACUGUGGAAAACAUGGAUCUUGAAGAAAAACUAGACAUGAAAGAUAGAAUAAUAAAAAAAUUGGAGGAUCAGAUCAAAACUCUUACCAAGACUAUUGAAAAAACUGAAACUCAUGCGCCAACUUUGUCCAAAGAGUACGUUGGAAUGAUGGAGUACAAAAAAGAGGACGAAGAAAGGAUCAUUCAAAAUCUGAUCCUUGAUUUAAAGCCACGUGGAGUUGUAGUUAAUAUGAUACCUGGCCUUCCCGCUCACAUCCUAUUCAUGUGUGUGAGGUAUGCAGAUUAUCUGAAUGAUGCUGACAUGCUGAAAUCUUUCAUGAAUGUAACCAUUGAUGGUAUCAAGCAAGUUGUUAAGGAACAUUCAGAAGACUUUGAGAUGUUGUCCUUUUGGCUUUCCAAUACAUAUUAUUUUCUUAACUGUUUGAAGCAGUACAGUGGAGAAGAGGAAUUUAUGAAGUAUAACACUCCAUGCCAGAAUAAGAACUGUUUGAAGCAUUUUGAUCUCUCAGAAUACAGGCAAAUUCUUAGUGAUUUGGCCAUUCGCAUCUAUCACCAAUUCAUUACUGUAAUGGAGAACAGCAUUCAGCCCAUGAUCGUACCAGGCAUGCUGGAAUAUGAAAGUCUUCAGGGAAUUUCUGGCUUGAAACCUACAGGGUUCCGUAAACGUUCUUCUAGUAUAGAUGACACGGAUACCUACACAAUGACUUCUAUCCUGCAACAGCUCAGCUAUUUUUAUAGCACUAUGUGCCAGAAUGGCUUGGACUCUGAGCUUCUAAAGCAGGCAGUGAAGCAGCUUUUCUUUCUGGUUGGCGCUAUCACCCUCAAUAGUCUCUUCCUCCGCAAGGACAUGUGCUCUUGUAGAAAAGGAAUGCAGAUAAGAUGUAAUAUCAGCUACUUGGAAGAAUGGCUUAAGGACAAGAAUCUUCAAAGCAGCAAUGCCAAAGAAACUUUGGAGCCUCUAUCUCAAGCAGCCUGGCUACUUCAGGUCAAAAAGAUCACAGAUGAUGAUGCCAAGGAAAUAUGUGAACACUGCACAUCUCUUUCUACUGUGCAGAUAGUUAAGAUCCUCAACUCAUACACUCCGAUAGAUGACUUUGAGAAAAGAGUGACUCCAUCAUUUGUUCGUAAAGUCCAGGCUAUGCUAAACAAUCGUGAGGAUGUUCCGCAGUUGAUGCUCGAUACCAAAUAUCUCUUUCAAGUGACGUUUCCUUUCACCCCCUCUCCACAUGCCUUGGAAAUGAUACAAGUCCCCAGCAGCUUCAAACUUGGCUUUCUCACAAGGGUUUAA